AUGGGAGUCGGCGGCGUAGUCCUCCGAUUCUUCAACCUGGGACUGCGCGUCCUGCAGUUCCUCGAUGCGGCCGUUAUUCUCGGCAUCUUCUCCUACUUCCUGGCUAUUCUCUCCAGGCACGGCCAACAUAUCGCCACAUGGGUCAAGGCCGUUACAGGCUUGGCAGGUGCAGCAACGGCCUAUAGCUUGCUUGGCAUCAUCUUCACCUGCUGUCUGGGCGGCGUGGCCUUCUUCGCCUUCCUGGGUGUCUUCCUUGACGUAUGCUUCGUCGGCGCGAUGGUCGCCAUCGCCAUUCUCACCCGCAGCGGUGUCAGCCGGUGCCGAGGCGUCGUGGACACACCACUAGGCACGGGUAAUGCCAGAGACGACACCUUCUCCAGGGGCCUGAGUUUCAGAAUGACCUGCAGGCUCGAGAAGGUUGUUUUUGCCGUGGCAAUUAUUGGAAUCUUCUUCUACCUGACCUCCAUCCUCUUCCAAGUCCUCCUAGCCCGUCACCACAAGCGCGAGAAGCGUUUCGGUCCCUCCCCCAACAACGGCUACACCUACGGCAGCCGCAAAGCCUUCUGGCGCCGUAACAAGAACAGCCCCGAAGCCUCCGGCGGCGCCGACGCUCUCCCCGGCCACCCGACUCCUCAAGACGUCGAGAUGGGCGCCGAGCCCAAGUCCGAAAAGGGAUGGUUUGGAUCCUGGGGCAAGAACAAGAACACUACUGCCAGCGGUGCCCCUGCCGUCGCCCCGUCUGGCGGUGGCUAUGGCUACGGUAACUCGGCCUACACUGGUAACAUCUAA